AUGAUCCGCCGCAACAUCCGGCUGCGCAAGGACUACAUCUACCAGAAGAGCCAAGAGGCCAAGGAGCGGGCCAAGGCCGAGAAGAAGGAGCGGCUGCGCAAGGCGCUCGAUGAGGGCCGCAUGAUCGACCCGCAGCUGCGGCGGGAUGUGGCCGAACUGGCGGCAGAGAUGGAGAUGGACGAUGCUGGUGGCGAGGGCUCUGCAGCGGCGCUGCAGGCCGAGCUGAUGGACAACGAGUAUGCAAACGCGGGAGUGUUCGACCCGCGGGUGGUGGUGACGACCUCCCGCGAGCCGUCGGUCCUCCUCAAGCAGUUUGCCAAGGAGAUCCGCUUGCUCUUCCCCAACGCGCAGCGGAUCAACCGCGGCGGGUACCGGACCAAGGACCUGAUGGAUGCCUGCCGUGAGAACAACGUCACCGAUCUGGUCGUCGUCCAGGAGCACCGCGGCAUUCCGGACGGCCUGGUUGUCUGCCACUUUCCCUUUGGUCCCACGGCGUACUUUACCCUGGCCAACGUAGUCACCCGCCACGAGAUCAAGGCUGCCACCAAGGUCUCCGAGGCCUAUCCGCACCUCAUCUUCCACGGCUUUACCACCCGCCUCGGCCAGCGCGUCGCAGACAUCCUCAAGUACCUGUUCCCGGUUCCCAAGGACGAGUCCAAGCGCGUCAUGUCCUUCAUCAACGAGGCCGACUACAUCUCCUUCCGCCACCACGUCUACGAGCAGCACGGCCACACGCCUGACGACGUCGAACUCGUCGAGGUCGGGCCGCGUUUCGAGCUCCGCCCCUACAAGAUCGUCCUCGGCACCCUCGAGCAGCGCGAGGCAGACUCGGAAUGGGAACUCCGUCCCUACCACAACACCGCCAAGAAGCGCCGAAAGCUGUAG